AUGUAUGACGACGAUAAUGUAGAUGAUGUUACUGGUUCGCCUUCUAAAUUCGAUGAGCAAUUCGGUGAAGUGGUGGAUGAAGAAAGAGAUAAAAUCCAAAGAUUGAAUAUGAGACAUCCUCAUUCAUCAACUGCCGUCAGAGAUUAUUUGAAUAAAACUGUGGUUUCAAAUUUGAUUGCUGGAAUGAAAAAAUUGGUUAUAGAAAAACCACAAAAUCCUUGUGAAUUUCUAGGUAGAUAUUUGAUUGAACAUUGUGAUCACAAUCACGUUAAAGAGGAAAAUUUUAAAUCUGAAAAAAAAAAUAUUAUCAUACAAGAGAAUAAUAACAGUUUAUCAUCACAUAAUGAACAUCAAAAAUCUCAAAGUGAAAGUGAUGCAAGCAUGAUGGACAUUGUGAAUAGAAGUGGUGAAAGAGAUUUGCGGACGGGAAAAAUGGGCGGAAAAGUAGAAGAUCUAGGAAUACUAGUUCAUCCAUUGAUCACCAUUUUGGAAAGAUUCUUGUUAACAGAAUCGGAGCAAGGUCCAUGUGUUGGUUGA